GAGUUACCUUACCACCGGGGUCCGCGAUCGUCCCUACGUGUACUUUCGAACGAGCCAGCUGCGGCGUAUCCCCGCAGACUCCCUUCGCUCGUUCGCGAUCAAUACUCGGUGCUCGGGACGAAGAGCGUGCGGCGAUUUUGUUGUCUCGCGAACACUGUGCACCGUGGCGUCUCGAGUUCUCCGACGAUUGUUCCACCUAUUAUGCGAGAUAAAUUUUCUGCGUUCGUCUUUCCGGUGCAAAAUAAAUGUUUAUUUAUACGCUGCGCGCAAAGUGGUAUCCUGCAUAAAUGUCGCGUUUCGCGAGGAAUGUUACUGUCAGGGGAAAUCUCGGGAAACUCGUUGAGAGUGUGAUCGCUGAAUUUUUUAUCCUGUAGCGCGCUUAGGCGCGCGGUACUUUCACAAGGACAAAACGGCGAAAAUGAAGAGACAGAAUGUUAGAACUUUGUCGUUGGUGGUGUGCACAUUUACGUAUCUUCUCGUUGGCGCCGCGGUAUUCGACGCCCUUGAAUCGGACACCGAGAGGAAACGGUGGGAAUUUCUCUCGGAGAUACGCCGCAAUAUGAUGAAGAAAUACAAUAUCACGCCGGAGGACUACAAGAUGGUCGAAAUUGUAAUAAUAGAAAACAAGCCACAUAAAGCGGGGCCGCAGUGGAAAUUCGCGGGUGCCUUCUACUUCGCCACUUUAGUAUUAGCCAUGAUCGGUUACGGGCAUUCCACUCCUGUAACUAAACCGGGGAAGGCGUUUUGUAUGGUGUACGCAAUGGUGGGAAUUCCUCUGGGAUUGGUGAUGUUCCAGAGCAUCGGCGAACGAUUGAAUAAGUUUGCGUCGGUCGUCAUCAGACGAGCAAAGACGUAUCUCAGGUGUCAGAAAACCGAAGCCACAGAGAUGAAUCUCAUGUUGGCGACCGGUCUGCUGUCGAGUAUAAUUAUUACGACAGGCGCUGCAGUAUUUUCGAGAUACGAGGGCUGGAGUUAUUUCGAUAGCUUUUAUUACUGUUUUGUAACGCUCACGACUAUAGGUUUCGGCGAUUAUGUCGCUCUCCAGAAUGAUCAAGCGCUCUCCAAGAAACCUGGAUACGUGAUUUUGAGUUUGAUCUUCAUCCUAUUUGGCUUGGCCGUAGUCGCCGCUAGUAUUAAUUUGCUCGUAUUGCGCUUCAUGACGACGGAAUCCAGCGAGGCACGUCGCGACGACACUGAGAUGCAAUCUGCCUCGCAUCACAUUCUGACGUUGGACGGCGAGGUUGUGGCGGUAAACGGGAAGCUCCUGGCCGGCCACGUGCCAAUCAUGCACGACACGGACGACUGUGUGAGCGUAUGCUCCUGCACCUGCCUAGGCCCAGCAAAUUCCGAGCUGCUGGAUCCUUCCGGGUAUCAGGGCUACCGACCACCCCCGACUUCUGCCAGUUUCCGGAUGAAACGCGCGUCCGUCUGAUGGAGGGAGUUUCGUCGUCGCAGUUUACGUCGCCGUUUUUUGAAGGCCGACAGCCGAGAAUUGCUCGGCAUCGAUGUUUAAGAUUGCUGAUUCCCCGCACAAAACUCCUCGCAAGAAAAUACCGCGCACUGUGAUACAUCCACGAAGGACAAUUUACAAUGUUUGGUAAAGGUUUUCACGCUCCGUGUGAAAAGUAAAAUUAGAGAGACUGACAUUUAAAAGAUGUUUGAUGUUUGAUACGUGUGACCAGAACUCUGAUUGUUGACCGUUGUUCGAAUCCUGGUUAAAGCUCGAAGGGAGACGCUUGAAUAAUGUGUUCCUGCUGCAUUUCGUCAUGUAUCCCUGAACAAGUUGAUGCAUUUUGAUAAUUAAUGUUACUCAACUAUAUCGACUUUCCGACGCAUGGAUGUUGUACUAUGUAAUCCGCGUGUUACGCUCGAUUGAUCCAGUGAAUAUAACGAGUGAUAAUCAACCGCUUCAAUCGGUAAAUACGAUCACAUUCCAAGUAGUGGUCUUUGUAAUAUUCUAUGUUAAGAAAAGGGAAACAUCCAGUGAACCUCAGAAGAAAUGUAACGAGUUAUCGGAUCGCGGAUUAUCCCAAAAGAUAAUAGCGCAUUUAUAUAUCGUAGUAUCAAUGUUACAUUAGUAUAACAUGUAUACAUGUGCAAAAUGGAGAAACAUAAAUUGCUUGAAUAAUCUAGAGGUUUUCACAUUUAACCCUACAUUACUCGCGUGUAAAAUACAUCUUAGAAAUUUACUAAAUUCGCAGGAUAAAAUCGUUUUCAUUGAAUGCUGCACAAAUUGUUUCAAAAUUUAAAGAAAAACUUUGCACUUAUCUUUAUCUGAAAGACAUAAAGUAUUAUUAAUCUUUAUUUAAUUAUAAAUUUUCAAAGAGAAAAAUAAAGAUUGAUUUGUCAUGUUAAGAUGUAACAUCCCACGCGAGUAAUUACACUAACAAAAAAACCAUACGAAUAAUGUUAGAUUAACAAGAUUAAUACAUGUAAUUGAAUGCGAGCCUCAUUAGACAAAUUAUUAUUUAUCUGACAAAAUUGUAUUCUGGUUUAUACGAAUUUUUUGUUUGCAAUUAGAAAAUAUUUUUAAGUAUGCACAAGAUAUGAAUUUAAACGUCUGAAAUAUGUACAUUGCUUUUUAUCGUUAAAUACAAUUGAGAACCUCUAGUUUAAUAGAAUCGUAUUAUAUCACAAAAAUUAUAGUUACAUACAGUAUAAACGUGAUAGAAAAAUAUUCUAGAUAUUAUAAACCUCAAUAGCAUAAUAUUAUAUAUACAUAUUUCCAUAUUUAUAUUCACAAAGAAAUCUUGCCUCAAGAAAUUCGUGAUCAUUUACGUAAUCAGAUCAGAAAUAUGUACACGCAGCUGUAAUACGACUCAUAUUUUUUUAAAACAUUUACAAAAUAAAAUAAAAGAUGCAAGAAAA